AUGGCCAAACAACCCCUCGCCAAAAACCUCCAGUUCGAGAAAAAGAACAAAGACAUGCUCAAGGUUCCAAAAUACGCUCGCAUCCAAAAACGCCCUAUCCCGCAUGCCCCCGUCGCAUCCCCCUACGCGGGCGCCUCGGUCCCGAAAAUCGUCUACGUCUCCACCAACUCCCCCUUCAUGAGCGCCGUCAAACGCAUCCAGAAGCUUCUCCGGCAGGCCGAAAAACGCGCCACCGCGGCCGUCAAUCUUUCGAGUAGCAAGCGGACAGAUAGACAGAAGCUGGCCCAGGUGGCGCGCGGCCAGGAGCAGCUGAGCAAGGAGGAGGUGUUUGUCAAGGCUACGGGACGGGCGAUCGAGAAGGCGCUGAGCGUUGGGCGGUGGUUCGAGGACCGGGGGAACGAGUAUGCGGUUCGGGUGAAGACGGGGAGUGUGCUCGUCGUCGACGACAUCGAGGAAGACGAGGAGGCGAAGCGGAAGGCGAUCGCGGAGGCAGAAAGGGUUCUGCAGCAGGAGCCAGCCCAGGAGAAGAAAGACGACGAUGGUGAUCAAACCGCGCCAGAUCCGUUUGGCGACGCUCCCGCGCCGCGUUCAUCGAAAUCAGAAACGAAGAAGAGGAAACGCGCUGCUGAUGCUCUAGCCUCAGCGUCCGGUGAGGAGCUGCCGGAGACACGAACGCGAUGGGUCAACAUGGUCGAAAUCGCUGUGACGCUCAAGUGA